AUGGACGACUUUUCCGACGAUGACCUCGACGCCCUCAACGCCAACGCCCUGCAGGAGCUGGAGAACAAUGCCAUCCAGUUCACUCAGGCCCAGAAGAAGUCCGACCCCUCCCAGCAGGUCGAGUACGACUUCGAUUUUGAGGAUGACGACCUCGACGACACCAUCGUGCAGGAUGAGUUGCGAGGCCCCAAGUCUGCCCUGCCGCCCGAGAGGCCUGCCGCUCAAGUUGCUACCACUGCUCCCUCUAGAGUUGUUCCGCAACAGCAGGAGACAUGGGGUCCCGUCCCGCUCCCUGCGAGCCACUUCCGCCCUCCGCCCAUCGCCGCAAACCCUACCCGACAACCCGCAGCGCAGCCCGCUGGCCACCGUGCUUCGCAACAGAUCGCAUCGCGCAACAAAGCUCCUCCGUAUAGCCAGAUUCGCCCUCCACCUCCGCUUCCUCGGCCUGCAGCUUCGAUCCCUUCGCGGUACCAGCCCUCCCAGGCUCCGCGCCAAAGCAGUCCCUCGGCCCAUGAGCUUGCCGCCCUUCAGGCCCAGGUACUGGAUCUCAAGUCCAGACUGACCACGAAGGAUGGGGAGAUUAGCAUCGUUCGAAAACGCCUCGACAAGUCGCGCGACGACCACGAGCGCGAACUGCAGGUCGUCAGGAAACAGACGGCAGAACAGCUAGCAAAACACGAGAGGGCAGUGGAAGCCGCCAAGGCCGCCCAGCAGUCUGCUACCACCGAGCUCGAAUUCACAAAACGAGACCUGAGGGAGGAGGUCGAUCGUGCCAAGCGCAAGGACGGGGGCGGUACACCCAAGAAGAACAAUGCAGCCACCCGGUCGUGGGGCGUCUCGGAUGGCUUCGAAGACGUUGAGAUGGCCGGCAGCCCGAGCCGAGGCCAUCGGGGCAGGAAUGCAGGCCCGGUGGCCAGCUUGGUAGCCGAGCCUCCGUCGAGACUGACGAGGACGCCGACAAAGGGGAAGAGGAAGCGUCCUACCGUCGAUAGUCCCGUCAUGGCACUCGAGACGCACUCCGAGGACAUGGUUAUGCUGGAUGACGCUGGGACUGACGCCAUCGUCACAGACCAGCUGUCCAGCAUGGCGCCAAGGCCUGCGCGGUUUGAUUAUCUCAAAGUGAUCAUGAACCAUAGUGCCGCCCAUGAUGACGUUCAAGGUCGGCGCCUCACAUUCGAAUACCUCGCUGAUUUUGUGCUCCCAUCAAGACCUACAGAGAGCCUGGCAGCCAUCCUCUUUGGGAAGCUAGCGACUGCUGGCAAUCCGGACGACCCAAUGCGACUGCCCAUUGAAUUCUGUGAACUUGUCAUCCAGCUGUGGGACGAUUGCAGAAAAGAAGGAUGUCUGGCCCCAAUUGCCGAGCUAGUAUCCUUGGUCACGUUUACACUACAGCUAUAUACCGUGGCCAUUGCUCCCUACAUCGCACCCUCCUUGCUUCCGGUGGCCAUGGACUCGUGCUACGAGGUGGCCAUCCCCCGGUUUUACUGCCCCCACCCUGGCGAUCCUACGGAUGAGGCCUUCAAGAACUUCAGGGACAACAUAGCAACGAGCAAGAUCCUGUCGCUCCUCUACCUGACUGCGUUGGGAUGUGCGACGUCGGAACCAGUGGGCGGCGGGCUGACAUCGCCAAUAUUGGAAUUUUGGAGUCAGGUCCACCCCGAGUUCGUCAUGACGUUGGUUAGCCAGAAACAGACGGUGGAAGACUUCCUCACCAUGUUGCGAUUGCUCUGUACUUCGGUAUUCCCAGACACCAUUGGGCCCAUAAACCCAGACAGACCGCGACCGCCGGCCGAAGUGAGUACGAGUAUGAUUGACCGUAUGUCUGGUCUCCUCGGCAACACACCGCGCUGGGACCUCGACGAGUCUCAGUUGCGGAAGGUUCGGAUGGCGGUGCUGCAGACGCUGGCGGCAUUCGCGCGGUCGCCCUUUGGCCUCACCCUGCUGGCUAGAAACGAUUCGGCUAUACCAUGUCUUGUCAUGUUGCUCUCUGGCUCGAUCGACGAGCUCUACGAUGGCGACAUGCACUACGUUCCCCCGGGAGGGCGUGAUGCGGACAGCGAGCUCCAGCAGUUGGUGGCUCAGACGAUGCUGCUACUGCACACGAUCAUCACUAGCCCUAUCAGCGCCGGUAUAGCCGAAGUGGCAACAAAGCUGGCCAAGACGACCGUCAAGGCCACGGGGGGAGUGUCUCAGAAGUACGAGCUCAGCUUGGCAAGGCUAAACUUUGCAGAGGAUCUCGUUUCGGAGGAGACGGCGGAGCUCGCGCAUGAGUUGCUGGAGCUCGCGGUCACGUCGGAGGCGGGAGAGGAGUUGGGGGCAUACUUUGGCGGAUGA